GGAUCUGUGCAAGCUUGGUCCAAACGACAAUGAUACUGUUAGAGGACAGAUAGUAGUAAGCCUUCAGUCCAGAGACCAAAUAGGCACAGGAGGACAAGUCGUGGAUUGCAGUCGGUUAUUUGAUAAUGAUUUACCAGAUGGGUGGGAGGAGCGGAGGACUGCUUCUGGAAGGAUCCAGUAUUUAAAUCACAUUAUACGAACAACUCAGUGGGAGCGACCAACACGGCCAGCAUCAGAAUACUCCAGUCCAGGCAGACCCCUGAGCUGUUUUGUGGAUGAGAACACUCCGAUUACAGGGACGAACGGUGCAACUUGCGGGCAGACGUCAGAUCCCCGGCUGUCAGAGAGGAGAGUCAGGUCGCAGAGGCACAGAAAUUACAUGAGCAGGACACACUUGCACACUCCUCCUGAUUUACCCGAGGGAGAUGAGCAAAGGACGACUCAGCAGGGCCGUGGCUCUGUCCCAGGAUGUGCUCACGCAGAUCGGCGGGAUACAGGCGGCGCAGUCCCGCAUGGGCGAGGAGAUCCGGGCGCUGCAGGAGAACGUUCAAAGUGCUGCCAGCUCUCUCAGAGGCAUCCACGACCAGAUAACAGCUUUGACCAGCGAUCUGGAAAGGCUGAAGGAAGUGUUGAGCCUCUAUCCGAGGCCGGACAAGGUGAAGGACAUGGUGCAGUGGAAGGCACUGGACGACUGCCUAGUGGGCAGCACGACAAGAGGAGGAGGAGGCCAAGAGGUGGAGAGCGCUGGGAGCCGGUCUGCCCCGGCCAAGUCCCCCGCUCUGGAUAAGAUGCAGGAAGCACCAGUGACUGCUGAGAGGAGGGCAGGUUCUCCCUCAGGGCAGACCAACAUCAGUGCCACGUCCUCAGCCUCCAGCAGCAUCCCCGAGCACUACACAGAGGCGGAGAAGGCUCUGCGCCAGCUGGGGCAGCUCAGACACCUCUCUGCUGCGCUGCAGUCCAAGCUGGACCGUGGGGACCUGGAGCUCCAACCAGGGAUGGAGGAGAAUGCCGCCGCGGGCAUGAGCAAGCACAUCGUGACCAUCCCCUCCGGGACGCCGCUGCCCCCUGGCCCCCGCAGGCAUCCCAGUACUACCCCCGAGCCCGAGCACACACAGCAGCACGGCCGCAGGGAGCCGGCGGCCGAGCACAGGUACCCCCGUGUGCCGCGGCAGUGCGGCGGCCGACACACCGUCACCCAGUCGCUGCACCCCCCACAACUGCCCCGGCUGCAGCGCCGCGCCCCAUGGAACACCGAGGACGAGGUGCCGCUGGUGGGCACCGACGGCCGCGUCUACAGGGGCCGGCUGGACGCGCAGCCGCCCGCGGGCACGCAGGGCACGGCCAGGGCACACGUGGGCAGGGACGCGGCCACGCAGCCCCUGAGGCAGCAGCACAGCUGGGACAGCGGACGGCUGCUCUCCCGGCCCCAGAACUACGUCUCCUCGCUCUGUGUGACAGAUUUUACCCAAGCCUGUCAAGUUUCUCCAAAGAGAAUCUUUAACCAUGUUCAUGGAGUUCCAUCUUCCCGACCCACUUCAAGUUUUGACGUGUGGACGGUGUUUUUAUUAUAGUCCUUCGCUGUCAUAGACGGGCUUAGAGCUGGCCUGGCCCACAGUAAAUGCAAAAGCCCUUGAAAAGGCACAGUACCAAAGUACGUGGGCUUUGGCUUUCAGCUGGGCAGGGCCUGGGCAGGGGGCAGUGGGAAAGCUGCCUUUCCUGAGAGCCUCAGACCUUUGAUUAAGCUGAGCCUGUGGUGACAGUGUGUGCUUGGGC